AUGAAGAGUGUAGCUAUCAUGUUGAAAGCCUCAAAUACAUCUAUCAGUCCCGCUGAAAAAGCCAAACUUGAAAUUGAGAAGGCCAAGUUAGAUAUUGAAAGAGUCAAAUUGGAGAUUGAAAAGAAGAAAAUUGCUAUGAAGAAGGAGAAAAUUGUCAUUGAAAAGACAAAAUUGAAUGUUGAAAACAUGAAGCUUGCUGUCCAGCAGGAGAUCUUGAGAUCAGUUAACAAUCAUUAUAAGGAUCAAAAAGCAGUGAUGAAGAAUCUCACAAACUUGAUCAACAGUGUCAGAGAGAAAGCACAGCACAUUUUCAUUGAAAUCAGUGACAAGGAAUCUGUUAACAGUGACAAUUCUCUUCUUCUCUCUGCAACUCUCACUGGUCUCUCUGCCAUCACUGCCAAUUCUCCCCCUCUCUCCUUCUCUGAUCUUCUGACUCUGAUGGGUGUUCUGAGUCCUCAGACUUAUGAAACAAUCACUGAAACAACUUUCAAACACCCGGCACCUGAUCACCUCAAAACCUCAACUCUCAAAUGUCAGAUGGCUGAUGACAGUGCCUCCCAGACCAUGGCUAAUUCAUAA